AGUUCCGGGUUGGUUUUUUUUUUGGCAUUCUUUAGCUUUCAAUCGAUCGCUCGCUUUUUUACUCCGACAAAACCCGGUCGUCAUCUGGAGUGUGCUGCCCUGUGUUGGGAGAACAGUUCUCGUGCCAACGGUUUACCCCAGAGCAACCAGUGGUCUGUGUCUGUCAUCAGUUUCCGGUGUGUUUGAGGCUCUGGCAACACUGAACAGGAAGACAGACGCAGAGAGACGUCUGAACUGAGAACGGAAACUGCUGCGGCUUCUUCGUCAGCCUCAGAAUGACUGAGUUCUGGGUUUGUUUCAGCUGCUGCAUUGCAGAGCAGCCACAGCCUAAACGGCGGCGACGGAUCGAUCGCUCCAUGAUCGGGGAGCCGACAAACUUCGUUCACACCACACAUGUAGGCUCGGGGGACAUGGGCCUCGGAUUGCCAUCAGUGGACCUCGUUCAAGCCCAAAUGAAAUCUAAAGGGGGCUACGUGCACGGAGGAUCUGAAGGUUCUCAGUUGUAACCAGCCCUUCACAGUCUUGUGGAAACUACUGUUGUUGAUAUGAGGAAGCGUUUUCAAAAAAGCAGUUCUGUCUAUAAUGGACGCAGGACCAAAAGAUGAAACUACUGCUUUUCCAUAAUGUUGUAUAUAUUUUUAUUUUCCAUUCCUUUUUUUAAUGAAAGCACUGCUAUCCAUUUGCUGCCAUACUGUUGCACUGUAAAGAGUAACUGUUAAGAAUAGAUAAGAGGGUUUAGAAAGCUCAUAAUCUCAGUCAGAUGUAUGCUUGUGUGUAUGCAUGAGGAAAAUAUUUUCAAAAAUAUUUGCUGUUGUAGCCCAUUUGGAUGCCUGUAUUUAUUAUCUGAUUUGCAAACGGACCUCAUGGUGGCUGGGCCACGCUGGAGAUUUGGAACAUUCAGUUUCUUUCUUUAAUUUUCAGAGGUUUAUCAAAGGACAGGUAGAGGUGGGAAGGCAAAAAGUGACACGUUCAUUGUUUUAUUCUGAGAAAUACUCAUUCUCCGAGUUGCUUUCAGGGUUAAAGAUUGCUGUCUUGUAAUAAACUUGAAAUGAGUAGAGUACACUGGAUCACACAUUGUACACUCAGACUUGCUUAGGAAUUCCGCAUUGAUUUCAACUGUUUUUUUUAUACUCAUUUAGAUUUGAAUCAUAUAGAAUUUUAAUAAACUAUGAACUUCCUAAUCUGCCUUCUGAAGUCAUGUUCAUUAUUUGUUUUACUUGUGUCGUUUGGCAGCUUGACGCUGUAAAUACUGAGCUAAGUGGUUCCAACAGGAUUCAUAUUUUUCUAUUUUCUUCUUUUCAAGUCUUGUGUUCCAACAGUAGACCAAGAAUUGUACUUGGAACUAAUUAUUUCACACUGCAAACACAGCCACAAAUGUGGACCAAGUUUGAUACGGUUGGAGGUAUUUUCAAACCUGUAGCCUACCAACUGUAUGUCCAUCAAUACCUUUUUGGUAUUCUGUUCCUUUUCCCCUGCACAGUUUGUGUUUCACACAGUGUCUUAUCAUGACAUCUCAUAUUUAUCUUGAUAUAAAAUCCUUUUUCUUUUAAGUUUUUGGUUGAUACACCCAUAAUCUUGGCAGAAAUGAUCCUCCAGAGGUCUUAAUAGUUUCAUGUUUCUUUGAAAACUCGAAUGUCAGAACUCUUAAAGCUGGCGGACACAUGCAACUAAAUGGCAUCCAACCUAAUGCGGCCCAACCUUUGUAGCAGUGUAUGUGAUUAAAUUGCUUCAGUGUUAAAAGAUGUUUAAAGUUCUCUCUCCUUAUUCAAGUAGAGAUCAUUUUCUAUAAAGGGUUCCUCUCGUAGGGUAAUGUGAAUGAGUGCAGCUCUUAUUGCCAGAUUACGCUGGUUGUCAGUCGUGCAAAUGAUCAGAUUAAAGUUAAUAUUUACCCUUUUUAUUGACCGGCUUUGUCAUCCCUCAGUAUUGUCAUAUGUAGUACAAAUUUCUGAACCAGACUCCAUUGAAAAAUGCCUUUUGCCAAUAGUGACAGAGCAGCUGCAGUAUGAAUAUUUAAUGCAUAUCCCCUGCUACUUGGGUUGAUCAUCAUGUACACACUGCUCAUCACAACGUACCGUCAUUCUGAAUCAAAAGGUCAAAUGUGUCGGGCAAACCAGCUGGCCUGGAUUUAUCAAUAAAUGUCCUCAAUGUACAUCUUAUGAUUCACUUUCAACAGAAUGUCUUUGUAUUAUUAAGUCAAGCAAACGUCUGUGUAAAUUGGUGUUAAGUGCGUGCUAUUGCCAUACUAUUAAUGAUAAAAGAGAAAAUGUUUUGUGUUGGUACCAGGCAGCACAAAUUACCCUGUUAGAUAUAGUCACUUUUGUAAUAUCUUAUUAUUUACGGCCUUAAAACUGCUGGUAACCAUUUUUCCAACUCUGAUUCAUCAUGCUAAAAUAUUGUCACAGUGCUCAUCUGUUCCUCUUUAAAUGUUUCUGUAGUAGUUCCUGUUUGAAAAGAGAUCCAGAUAUGUGUAAACUAGGUGGUGUUUUCCCAGCUCUGUGCAGAAUGCUGUAGUAUGUAAGACAUACUGGGAUUGCAGUAUAUUAUGUGACCAGCAGGCUGUGCUUGUGGACUGGUUGAAUGUGACUCAAAAAUUAGUUUCCUUUUGGGAUUCUUGUAAUUGGACUUCUUCUAUGAUGAUAUUGUAAAUAUGUAACAUGAAAGUAAUCGAUCCAUGGUUUGUAUGUAUUCAGGGUCAUUCGUAUUUUAGGCUUUUUUCUUCUUUAUAACAUCACUGGGAAGGCAGAGAGUUGGAGCAGUGUUUUUGUUGUAUAUUUGUUUUUUUCUUCAGGAACUGCCUGAUAUGUUGUUCCUACUUUAAGGGAAGUUCAUCUGUCUUUUUUUCUGCAUUUUUUCAGAAUAAACAAUGAGAAAUAAAUGUUAAAUGUU